AUGGACGGCGGCACGCAGGGCGCGGAGGAGCGGUCUGGCGAAGUCGCCGGUCCUGGCGGUGGACGGGAGAAGGCUAUCACACCAUCGGAAGGCCUGCCUAAGUGCACCCCCCGCUGGGGGGGGCAACACGACUUGUUGGUUUACCCAGGCGCGGCUUCAUAA